UGCAUUCUGGCUCUGCUUUUUAGUUGACCCAAUCCGUAUCGGCCAACGCAUCUCGAUCAAACAAAUCGCUCACUAAUAUUCACUAAAAGCAAAAAAAAAAAAAAUCGAAAACUUCAUUGAUGGCCAAGGUCUACGUGACGCUCUUCCGCAACGACGGCUUGCUGGAGGCCGCCCAAGCGCGCCCGUUCUUUGUGUUUGACGACUGGCACAUUGACGAGGCGCGCAGCCGCUGCCACGAGCGACUCUACGGCACGCCAAACUCAAAGGCCCGCCUGUUUACAGAUCUGGGCGUCCCGCUCGACGAUGUCGCGUUCAUUCCCGCCAAGCAGUCGGUCGUCGUCUCGUCGGGCGAGCCGUUUGUGCACAUGACCAUCCGCGAGCGCAUUGCUGCAGCCCAGCAGCAACAGCAGCAGCAGGAGCAGCUCCACCAGCUGCAGCAACAGCAGCACCACCACCAGGUCGUGUCUGCGACGCCGGUGGCCAACAACUUGCCCGUGACGACCUUCUCGGCCUCCCCGCUCACGACCCCGUUCGCCGAUGAGGAUGCUGCGGCGCUGUUUGUGCCAUCGCAAGGGCCUCUUGACGUGGGCGCGCUGCUUCCCGGCGAGGACAACCUGAUUGACACCAUCCUGAACGACAUGUACGCCCAAAACACGGCCGAGAACGCCGACUUUGGCUACCCGAUGGAGGAUGUCUUGAACCGUCUCGCCAACAACCUCGGCUCGUACCAGAACGAAGCCACCGCGUUUGCACAGCGUCUCUUUGAUCACUCGCAGGGCCACGAAAGUCAGCCCGUCACCGAGCAAGCCAUUCCAUACAUGCAAGCCCGCGCUCAACAGCAGCAGCAACAACAGCAGCAGCAACAACAACCGCAGAAACAACCCAGUCAACAGAGCCUCAUGGACGGCGACGAUGAAGUGUCCACUUGGACUGUCGAAGACGCUCAGCUCCAGAACAUUUUCGACAACAUCCAGUUCCCGACGGCCGAUUCUCCCGUGAGUGUGUUCAACCAGCAAACGUCGCCCAUUCAGUUUACCACCAUCCCGUUCUCGCCGCAAGACGCAUCGUACAACUCCACUCCGCGCCAGCAAGACAGCGGCGUCUCGUUCAGCUUGGGCAACGGCUUGCCCACCAAGACGUCUGCCAGCCAAACGACAACCACGCGACGCUCCACCGAGGCGCGGUCUCGCGAGAAGGUUCGCCAGUCCAUUGCCGAGCUCGUCCUGUCCGUCCCUGCUCUCGCUUCGCUUCAAAGCCCGUCCAAGGCGACCAUCAUCCGCAAGGCAACCGAGUAUGUAAACCAGACCAAGAAUGCCAACAACGCCUUGAUAAAGGAAAACCAGCAAGCACGCGCGGCCAUCAUCCAGCUCCAACAGGAGAAGCUGCGCGUCCAGCACUCUGUGCAGGUUUCGAACAUUAUGACUGUUGAAAUCACCGACCCUGACAUGCGCUACAUUUUCGUGGAUCACAUGUGGGAAAUUGUAUUGGGCUAUCCCAAGCAUGAAGUGAUUGGUCGCUUCUUGAAGGAAGUUGUCGGCUGCCCUACCUGCCCGUUGAUGCAAAAGAAGGCCGCCGACAUUCGGGAGAAUAUUGAGAAGGGCUCUGUCUGGACUGGAUACAUUCUUGGAAAGCGCAAAGACAACCGUCCAUUCGCGUGCGAGGCUACCAUCAACCCAGUCACUGACGCGACGGGCAAAAUCGUCCAGUAUAUUUGCACCCGCCGCAACUUCCACUUGCUGUCGGUCAAGGAGUGCCAGAAAGUGUGCGAGGACGUUGAGAAGACGCCUCGUCUGGAUAUCGGCAUGAAUCUCACUGGAGGCAUUGCGCUCACGGAAGAGUCGCUCGCCGCUCUGACUGUCAGCAGCGCGACUGGGCUCGAGUAUGAGGCGGACACGAUGAACUUGUGUCCGUUGGUGGCAGAGUAG